GUGUCUUUUGUAGAGGAACUUGCUUCGAUCACCGAGCGCAAUCUCUGGUCGAACUCUGGAGAGCUUGUAGACGAAUAUCAGAUAGAAUAUAUAUUUCAUUCUCGUGCAUAAGAAUUAGAUAUGGCUGAUAACGGUCGUCAACCUCUCCUGGGGUUCAACCGCCGCAUUGACGAAGAAAGCAACAUAUCCAGUGAUAAAGAUCGUCGUAGAAAGAUCAUAUUUGGAGUAUUUGGUGUAUCUUUGAUUCUCUUGAUUGGCUUUACCUUGGGAGCCACGAUUUAUGCACGACAUGGUUCAAGAAAUCCAAGCGGAAAGCGCAAUGUUAUUCUCAUGAUAUCUGAUGGUUUCGGCCCUGCUUCGGAAACUCUAGCCCGUAAUUAUCAUCAAUAUACCAAUAAUCUUCCUGUUGGUACACAACUACCGCUGGAUACUAUUCUUGUCGGUUCGUCGCGGACGCGUAGUUCCAAUAGUUUGGUCACAGACUCGGCAGCUGGCGCGACAGCGUUUGCGUGUGGAUUGAAAACUUAUAACGGCGCCAUCGCUGUGGAUCCUGAAUCCAAACCAUGUGGUACCGUUCUCGAGGCUGCAAAAGAACAGGGCUAUCUAACGGGCUUGGUCGUGACCUCCCGAAUUACACAUGCUACCCCAGCUUGCUUCGCUGCACAUGUCGGUAGCAGGGCAUCGGAGAAUGACAUUGCUCUUCAAGAAAUCGGAAAUUACGCACUUGGUCGCAGGGUGGACCUCAUGUUUGGAGGCGGCAAUUGUCAGUUCAGGCCCAAUUCCGAUCCUAAAAGCUGUCGCGCGGAUGGACUUGAUGUAUUCUCAAUGGCAAAGAAUGCUGGAUGGAGUGUGCUGGAUGAUCAUCAACAUUUUCAGUCAUUGAAAGCAUCGGACGCUAGACUUCCAUUAAUGAGCUUGUUGGCGGUGGAUCACAUGCCCUAUGAGAUUGAUCGCGACCCUGAGAACACGCCGUCGUUGAAAGAAAUGGCCGUCAAGGCUUUGGAUAUCCUUACUCACGCAUCUGAUAAAGAUGCGAAGGGCUUUUUCCUUAUGAUUGAGGGCAGUCGAAUUGACAUGGCGGGACACAACAAUGAUCCAGCUACUCAUGUUCGUGAGAUCCUUGCAUAUAAUGAGGCCAUCGCGGCAGUCAAGGCAUACGUGGAUGAACACCCUGACACUGUCAUGAUAUCAGUUUCCGACCACGAAACAGGCGGUUUGUCGGUCGGACGACAAGGUGAUCCGCGCAAGUAUCCCGAAUACGCUUGGAAGCCUGACGCUCUGACCGGAGUUAAGAAAUCUACCGAAGUCAUCGCUCCAGCAAUUGUGGCGAAACAAAAUGACACUUCUUUCAUAACUGAGACCGUACUGAAAAACUGGAUGAACGUGACUGACGCUACUACGGACGAAAUCGAAAAUCUCACGAAGACCACCUCUGUCGGUGACCUUACCAAUGCCCUCGGGGACAUUCUGAGCAAAAGGGCCCAGUUGGGAUGGGCUACCCAUGGACAUUCUGCCGUUGACGUUAACCUGUAUGCCUACGGUUUAAAUGCGGCUAGACUCGCCGGCAAUCAUGAGAAUACAGAGAUCAGCGAUUUCAUUGUCAGGCAAUUGGGUCUAAAUCUUGAGGCCAUCACCAUCAAAUUGAGAAGCCAAAACAUUGGACAAGCAUCUGUACGGCAUGAAACGGGACCCUUGAAGAUUAGACAUUAUCAUACGGACUGAAGCUUGUAGAUGACCAAGUUAGAUUAUCUUUCACAUCGGACUUGUAGCUUACUCAUCAUAAUAUAUUUUAAAGACGCAUGAAACAGGA